ACUUUUGUAACGGUAUUGCGUCCGUACGGGAGUGUCCAAGAAAGUCGGGCGUACCUACGGCCGAACUUAGGGCGAACUAGAAUGAUAAGCGAAUUAUUUGCCAAGGGAUAAUGUAGGUCGGAUAUAGCGUUUGUUUUGGUUUAUUGUUGGCUAUAGGUUGUGAGUUGAUGCUACACUCUGGUUUGCGCCGGGUGAUCCGUAAGAGUUAAAAAGUACUGUGACAGGAACAUACUGUAAACAUUUAUCUGUGGCUAAGUGCUUAUCCCAUUUACUCAACGUCGCGAUGGCUGAAGCUGCAGCAGCUGCAAAUCCUAACGCCGAGAUUGUACGAGGUCAGGUCUUCGAAGUCGGCCCUAGAUACAAAAACCUCCAGUACAUUGGCGAGGGAGCCUAUGGCAUGGUUGUGUCCGCGUACGACACCGAGAAAUUAUCUAAAGUUGCCAUUAAGAAAAUAUCGCCCUUCGAACAUCAGACGUACUGCCAGCGAACGUUAAGAGAAAUAAAAAUUCUAACUCGAUUUAAACAUGAGAAUAUUAUCGACAUAAGAGACAUUUUAAGAGCAGAAACAAUCGACCAAAUGAAAGAUGUCUAUAUCGUUCAAUGCUUAAUGGAGACGGACCUUUACAAAUUAUUAAAAACACAAAAAUUAAGUAACGAUCAUAUCUGCUACUUCCUGUACCAAAUCCUCCGAGGUCUUAAGUACAUCCACUCGGCGAACGUUCUGCACCGGGACCUCAAACCUAGCAACCUCCUGCUGAACACCACUUGCGAUUUGAAGAUAUGUGACUUCGGUCUCGCACGAGUAGCGGAUCCCGACCACGACCAUACAGGUUUCUUGACGGAGUACGUUGCAACGCGCUGGUAUCGGGCUCCCGAGAUUAUGCUUAACUCCAAGGGCUACACCAAAUCGAUCGAUAUCUGGUCUGUCGGCUGCAUCCUGGCCGAAAUGCUGUCGAACAGACCUAUCUUCCCAGGAAAACACUACCUCGACCAGCUAAAUCAUAUCCUUGGAGUGUUGGGCUCGCCCAGCCAGGAGGACCUAGACUGCAUUAUCAAUGAAAAGGCUCGUAGCUACCUCGAGUCCCUUCCAUACAAGCCGCGGGUACCGUGGGCGGAGCUCUUCCCCGGUGCGGACCCGCGAGCCCUGGACCUCCUGCACCGCAUGCUCACCUUCAACCCUCACAAGCGCAUCACCGUGGAAGAGGCGCUCGCGCACCCCUACCUUGAGCAGUACUACGACCCCAAUGACGAGCCCGUAGCGGAGGAGCCGUUUCGAUUCACGAUGGAGCUAGACAACUUGCCGAAGGAAACGCUGAAGCAAUACAUAUUCGAGGAGACCUUACUUUUCAAGCAGCUGAAUGAAAACGCGUAGAUAUCGUUCCGAACUACCCUCCGUUAGUAUUUCAGCGAUGAAACGGAGACGCGAAUGCAUGCAAGCUCAAUUCAAGAUUUUAAAACUUCAAAUAAAAAUAGUUUCCAAUGUCGUUUAGAAUAACAUUUUUCGGUCAAUACUUUAACAAUAGUAAAUAGUCGUAUUAAAUUCUUUGACUUAUUAAAUGUGUUGACAAAAUUGUGACUAAUAUUGCAUUUCGAUUGUUAACAUAUUACUUAUCGUGUUUCGAUUAGCGGAACUGAUCGAGUCCGUUGAUAAGUAAUUUCCUUUUGAACUCGCUCUUAGGUAAUUAAGAGUUUGCAUGCUUUAUAAUAAAUGUGUGAAUGUUUAAGCAGUGACCCACCAUUUUUAUGGUUGACCAGAGCAAUGGUAAACCUUGUAUUGUAUUAAUAUCAUUGAGUAUUGUUUAAUGCGUUUAUCUCGCAGACUUUUGGUAUUAUGUUUUUAUUCAUAUCUUUAUUUAUGAAAAUUUUAUAUUUCCGACAUUCGUUUAAAGAGUUCAACGUAAAGUUAACAUACUUUCAUUAAGUACAUCUUAUGCGGAGGUGAUAGCUAUCAACGACAUAAUUUAGAUUAAUUAACUUUCUUUUGAUUUAUUUUAAGUGAAUUAAAUGCAAGUUUAUUUACAAGAA